AUGGGUAGAGUAGGUAGCGUCAGCAUCAGCAGAGUUGGCAGCAGAGUUGGCAGCAGCAGCAGCAGAAACACUUUUAGUGCUGGCAGAAAAUGGCUUUCUUAUGGGUUCAUUCACGUCCGGCGCUUUCACAGACAGAUUCCCUUCAGCUACAGCUACUAUUCUCGUCACCGCAAUCACCACCAUCAUAGUCAUCAAAGCACUUUUGGCUUCGGUUCUUUCUGCAGUAUUCUUUUGUUAUCUACAUCCUCUUCGCUAAUAGUUUUUUCGGAUAAUAGCUAUUCUUUUUCAUUUAGUCAUUUGCGCAAUGAUUGUGUUUCUGAGCCCACUUUGCACGACGAUCAAACUCAUAAGACCUGUCUUGAUCUUGAGCGCAUUCUGGAUGACAAUUUAAAUGGAAAGCAAAAUCAAAAUCAAAAUCAAAAUCAAAAUCAAAAUCAAAAUCAAAUCAAAACCAAACCUUCAGUUUUUAAAAUCAUUCUUGAUUUUGUCAACUUGAAAAUAAUUGAACCCAUUCUUAUCAUCGCUCGAUUUAUCGAACUAUCCAUCAUCUUUUCGCCUUUGAUCCCUUUAUAUCCCUUAUCUUUUUUUGGCCAAAAGAUCAAAUCAGAUAACAUUACAAUUGCAAACCAAAGAUAUGGCACUUUAAUCUACUAUAAGAUUUUGACCUAUUUAAUUCAAUUCGCUGGUCCAUCUUUUAUUAAACUAGGCCAAUGGGCUGCAUCAAGAAAUGAUAUUUUCUCAAAUCUUCUAUGUAAUGAAUUAAAUAACUUGCACUCAAAUUCAAUUCCUCAUUCCUUUUCUUACACUCAAAAAAUUAUUUGCAAUUCCUUUAAUAUUCCCUUAAAUCAAUUCAACAAUUUAUUUGAUCAAUUUAACCAGGAGCCUAUUGGCGUUGGUGCAAUUGCCCAAGUUUAUAUUGCAAAACUAUCUAAUGAUUUUAUUCAAAAUCACCUAAAUAUUCAAAAUCAUUCCAAUAAUAAAUCCUUCAAUCAAUGGAUAGCAAUCAAAGUUUUACAUCCAAAAGUCAAAAAAAAGAUAUCAAGAGAUGUAAAAAUUAUGGCGGUUUUUGCAAACAUCAUCGAUUAUAUUCCAACAAUGGAAUGGCUAUCCUUACCCCAAGAAGUUCAUCAGUUUUCCUUAUUCAUGAACCAACAAUUGGAUCUAACAAAUGAAGCUCUCAAUCUAAUUAAAUUUAAAAAAAACUUCAACAAUACUAAUAACAACAUUUACUCAGAUUCAACUCAGUUAUUUAAAAUUAAAUUUCCACAGCCUUAUCUAUCUCUAUCCUCAAAAAAUAUCUUAAUAGAAGAAUAUAUUCACGGAAUCUCUCUAUCAAAAUUGCUACAUUUGCAACAGAUUCUAAAUAAUAAAAUCUCAAAUUCAACUUUAAAUGAUCAAAAACUGGAAAUCAAAAACUCCUAUAACGGUUAUAUAAAAUUAUCAAAACUAAUUAGUAAUGCAAUCUUAGAUUCCUUCCUUAAAAUGUUGAUUCUCGAUAAUUUCAUUCAUUCGGAUCUACAUCCAGGCAACGUCCUUGUUAGAUUCUUCAAUUCAUCCAAUAACAACAACAUUCAAAUGAAUGACUUGACAACGGACUUAUUAAACUUGAAUGAUGAUAAUGACGCCUGGUUGAGUCAACUAAAUACCCUAAUAUCAAAGGGCUUUUCUCCAGAAAUUUGUUACAUUGACACAGGUUUAGUAACUGAAUUAAAUCAUCCCAAUCGUAUAAAUUUCAUAUCUUUAUUUAACGCUUUAGCAGAAUUUGAUGGCUACCGUGCCGGUGAAUUAAUGAUUGAAAAAUCAAAGACACCCGAAACAGCCAUUGAUUCUGAGAUUUUUGCUUUAAAAAUGGAAAGGUUAGUUGAUAAGGUUAAACAAAGAACUUUUACUUUAGGUAAUGUUUCUAUAGGUGAUUUAUUGGAAAAUUGUUUAUCAAUGGUAAGAAAACAUCAUGUUAGAAUGGAAGGUGAUUUUGUUAACGUUAUUGUGGCAAUCUUGCUAUUGGAAGGAAUUGGCAGACAAUUGAAUCCUAAUUUGGAUUUAUUUGCAAGUGCUAUUCCAAUUUUAAGACAAGUGGGGUUGCAAGAUGGUCAUAGAUUGUUACAAAAUCAAAAUACCUUGUCAAUGAUAAAGGUUUGGUUAGCUUUAGAAGUUAGACAAUUUAUCAAUGCCAGUGUUCAAGAUAUUUAUAACCUAGUACAAAAAGACUGGUUAUCACCAAACUACUGA